GUCCAUUGAAAUCCUAUGAGUUGUUAGUUACGGAUGUUGAUGACGUGAAUGCUACUUCAGUGACUUACAUCACAAACUCAUCCCGACUGAGGUUGGUGAAUCUGUCCGCUUACACAAACUAUUCACUGCAGAUCCGCUAUACGAAUGUGGCAGGAGCAGGUCACUGGGGUCAACAAUUUAUGUUCACCACAGGAGAAGAUGUACCUGGACCAGUUGAAAUUACCGAGCUUACUCCGACUUAUUCGACCAUUACUGUGACUUUCCUACCACCAGAAGUAACCAAUGGUGUCAUCACAACAUACACCACUAUGUUUGCCAGUAACAACAGUAACUUUAGCAUGGCCGAGUCAACAACUGUUGCAGCAAUGACUGGCAGAUUCACCGUGACAGUUGAGAGACUGAGCCCAGAAACGGUGUAUUAUUUGAAGAUGGCAGCAAGCACAUCAGCAGGUAUUGGCCAGUUUGGAUCUGUCAAACAAACCAAGACUCUACUGGCUCCGCCUCCUCCUAAACCUAUGAGUAUAAAACUUUCAGCUCAGACAAACAGCUGCCUUACAGUAGAGUGGACUACACCAGUGUCUAUACUUCCUUCUGUUUCAGGAUUUGUGCUGGACGUCAGAAAAGUGACAGCAGACAUCACGACUCCACCAAUCACAGCCAACAUUCCUGUCUCCCAGAAUUCCUACCAGAUGUGCCAGCUACAGCCCAGCACCCUGUACAAAGUGACAGUUUCCGGAACCAACAUUGAUGGCGUGGUCUCGUUUGCCACAGAUAACUACAGUACCAAACAAGGAACACCUCCAGCUCCUGUUGCUCCUGUUUUUGUAAGAUCAACCUACACAAAUAUCACUAUCGCAAUUGAGCCUGUUGUGUCUUUUGAUGUGCCAAUCACAAGUUAUGAGAUUCAAGCUCACCUGAUUUCUGCUAACAAUAGAACAAAGAGAUACGCAGGGGUGCCAGGCUAUGUAACAGCAGAACUGUCACCAUCAGAUGUCACAAGAAGGAGAGAAUUUGUUGUUGGUGAUGGAAAGCUCUAUGGCAAGUACACCAACAAGGCACUGGAGCCAAAUUCCUACUACAUGAUUUACUACAUCGCUGUAAGCACGCUGAACAGCGACACAACAGCAAGCUGGUCACAGCUGGAAGCUGCCAUUUUAACAGUGCCCUUUGACCCAGCUUUAUCUCCACCUCUUUUGAUUUCAGUCAUCAGUAGAAAUAUGACCUGCCUCAAUGUUAAAUGGGAAAUUUUGCAAGGAACAAAGAGUGACACGACUGGAUUUAUUCUAAACUUGAAGAGAAUUGGUGAUGAAACAUUUCUGACAACAAGAAAUCUGCCAGCAACAACAGAGAACUACCAGGAAUGUAACUUGACUCCCUACACAAUGUACACUGUUGGGAUCAUAGCCCAGACCCCUGGAGGAGUGUUAACAGCUGCCUCAGAAACUUUUGCAACAGAACACAACAUACCUCGCAAGCCAACAGCGCCAGUAUUUGUCUCUGCUACAUUUACAACAAUUACGAUCUCUAUAGAGCCAGUAAUUUUAACAGAUGCCCCUCUAACAGCCUAUCAGCUUCAAGUACAAGCUGGCUCCAGCAGCAGACGUAAGCGACUAGCUCAAGUACCUGGCUAUGUCACAGCCCAGCUUAUACAGAGUGACGUGCCACGUACAGUAACAUUUGUUGUCGGAGAUGGCAAGGAUUAUGGAGGUUUCAUAAACAAGCCUCUAAACAGUGAAACUGAGUAUAUGAUUCACUAUGUGGUCAUCAGUACUGUGGGUGAUGUCACGAAAUAUAGUUAUUCUAGCCUGCAACCAGCGGUCAGAACUGUACCACUGACUUCUAGGGAAGACAACAGAGGUGUUUUUAUUGGAGUCAUUACUGCACUUGUUAUUUUGAUUCUGUUUAUAAUCUUACUUCUGUUCUUAUAUUGGUGGUGGAAGAGAAACAGAUUUAAUCCCUACACAAUACAACAAGAUGACAAAAGCUUAUUAACCCCUCCUAAACUGAAGGAUGACUAUGAGCCAGAAAGUUACUGGAAAACUAUCUAUAACCUGAAAGAUAGCAGGCAUAUUAUAGCUGGUAGGCAUCUUAUAUACAAAGACGAUCAACCUCCCUAUGCAAACAAAAAGGCAGAGUCUUACACCAACUCACCAAAAGUCUGUUUCAGUGAUGAGUUUCACAAUCUUCCUCGAAAACCGAAGAGAUCAGCAGACAAUAUAGCUCAGAGAAACAGGGAUCUGAACAGAUUUCCCCAGCUUCUGCCUUGUGACCGCAGUCUUGUGAAGCUAAAAUCUGAUAUCAGUUCUCGAAGAACAUACAUUAAUGCUAGUUGGAUUUCUGGUUACAAAAAUGGACCAACAUACAUUGCAGCUCAAAGUCCAUACGAUGAAACAACCACACUGGAUUUCUGGAGGCUGAUUUUCCAGCACUCCAUCAAGACUGUGGUGAUGUUAACUAAUGUGCUGGAAGAUGGCAUUGUGAAGUGCACUCACUACUGGCCUGAGAACACCAGUACAACUUUUGGCAGCUUUCUCCUGCAUCCCAUUCAAGUUAAAGAGUAUGCUGACUUCAUCGUGCGAACAGUGGGUGUGAGGAAGAAGGAUGAAGAACAUUCCAAAAUUGUGCAGAUAUUUCAGUUCACAUCAUGGCCAACCCAUGGUGUCCCCGAUGACCCAAUUCCAUUUGUUGAGAUGCGUUACAAAGUGCGGCACUACCAUCAUGAUGGACCAGGUCCCAUUCUUGUUCAUUGCGGAACAGGAAUGGGCAGAACUGGUGUAUUUAUUGCAGUAGAUGCUCUUAUAGAACAGUACGCACUUGAAGGUAGAGUCAGAGUGUUUGAUUUUGUCAGCAAGAUGCGCAAAAAUCGCCCAUACAUGGUGCGCACCGAAAAACAGUACAAGUUCAUUUAUGAAGCAAUAUUUGAAGAAUAUCAUGCAGGAGAUACACUUGUCAAACUUGACCUGCAGGAGCGAUAUCACAACUGGACACAGAAGAACCCUGAAACUGGACACACAUAUCUCAGAGACCAGCAGCAGCUUCUGGAGGCUUUCUCCAAGGGACCUUCACAAGAAGAAUACAGAACUGCCCUACUUGAUAUCAAUGUACAAAAGAAUAGGUUCAAGGAUAUCCUUCCACCAGAAAAGUUCCGCCCCUUGCUGAAAUCACCAGGUGGAUUGAACUCAACUGACUACAUCAAUGCUCUGUUUUUAGAUAGCUACUUUCAGAAAAACCACUUCAUCAUCACACAAACACCACUUCACACAACCAUCACCGAUUUCUGGAAACUGGUUUAUGACUAUGAUGUCCGCACGAUUGUAAUGGCCGAAGAUUUCAAAAAUGAAGAUAAUUCUUGUGCUGAGUAUUGGCCCAGUAUGAAUCUAAAACUGUUUGAACCUUUCUUUGUUGAAACAACUGCAACAUAUCAACAAGAGAGUAUCACCAUUCGCAACUUCAGCAUUCGCAGCACACAGUUCCCUAAAGAGCCAGCGAGACUGGUCAGGCAGUUUCAAUUCACAUCAUGGGCUCCACAAAACAUAACACCUCCAUCACGGACAGAAUUACUGGAUUUGAUCAAUGGAGUGUUUGCCUGGCAAGAUGAAAUAUGCCAGGAUGAGAAGCCAGUUAUAAUUCAUUGUCAAAAUGGUGCUUCUCAUUCUGGCCUCUUUGCUGUCCUGGCUAUUUUGUGUGAAAAGAUGGAGGAAGAAGGAGAAGUUGAUGUCUACAGAACCAUCAAACACUGCAAGAGAAGACAACCCAAGUUCUUUUCAGACUAUGAGCAGCUUCGGUUUUGCUACAAAACCCUAUGGGAUUUCAUCAACCUGCACAUGGCAGGUUGGACAUUCACUGACACAUUUCAGAAGGGCAAUGACAACCCUCUGUUUGGCGUACGAUCCCUGAGUAUGAGUUCUUUAGACAAGGGCAGUGGUGAUGAAGAAGCGGAGAUCUGA